GAUUGGAGCAAACUGCAGCUUCUCUGCGAGGCGGCCACAAAAGUCCCUGGCUGCUGCGGGACGGAGUCAGAACCCCUGGCUGCAGCCCACCCAGCCCGUCUGCUGCAGCCGCGGGGCGCUGCCCGGGCCUCCACGGGCUGGGGCUGGCUGUGGUGCAUGCGGGUCCCAACUCCAGCGUAACCCCCCGCCCCACCCCGGGCUGCCUGCAGUGAGGGGGGCAGGCGCCGCACUGUGCAAGGACGGAGGCGCUCCCUGCCCUGCCCCGCAGGAUGCCUGGACCCCAGGGGAAGGGCAAGCGGCGUUGGUUAAAAGUGCUGGUGGCUUGGACGGCCGUGGCCUUGGCUUAUUCCUACAACGUGGACCUGGAUCAUCCCGUGGUCUACCAGGGGCCCAAUGGCUCCUUCUUUGGCUACUCGGUGCUGGAGCAUUACUACGAUAACACCCGCUGGGUCCUGGUUGGUGCCCCAAAGGCAGAUUCUAAAUACAGCACCUCUGUUAAGUCCCCAGGAGCUAUCUUUAAAUGUCGAGUCCACACCAAUCCUGAGAGGAGGUGCACAGAGCUGGAUAUGGGUCGAGGCAAUGCUCGUGGCAUGCUCUGUGGAAAAACCUGUAAGGAGGAUAGAGAUGAUGAAUGGAUGGGCGUAAGCCUGGCUAGGCAGGCCAAAGCUGAUGGAAGCGUGCUGGCCUGUGCACAUCGCUGGAAAAACAUCUACUAUGAGACAGAAUACAUCCUCCCCCAUGGUUUCUGCAGCAUCAUCCCUCCAAACCUCCAGUCCAGCGGUCGAAAAUUAUUUCCCUGCUAUGAAGAGUAUAAGAAGAAAUACGGGGAAGAGCAUGGCUCGUGUCAGGCUGGAAUAGCGGCUUUCUUCACUGAGGAGCUAGUCAUCAUGGGAGCACCAGGAUCUUUUUACUGGACAGGAACUGUGAAAGUGUUGAACCUCACCGACAACACCUAUUUCAAAUUGAAUGAUGAUGCUGUGGUGGCCAGGCGGUACACAUAUUUAGGAUAUGCAGUGACAGCAGGUCAUUUCUCCCAGCCGACUACCACAGACGUUGUAGGAGGAGCUCCCCAGGAUGGAGGCAUCGGAAAGGUUUAUAUUUUCAGAACAGACAGGCGAUCAGGCUCCUUAAUAAAGAUUUUUCAGGCAUCCGGUAAAAAGAUGGGCUCUUACUUUGGCUCCUCCUUAUGUGCAGUUGAUCUGAACUCGGAUGGACUUUCAGACCUGCUGGUUGGAGCACCCAUGUUUUCUGAGAUCAGGGAUGAGGGUCAAGUCACAGUCUAUAUCAACAGAGGAAAUGGAGUCCUGGAAGAGCAGCCUGUUCUGAACGGUGACAAUGCCUACAAUGCACACUUCGGGGAAAGCAUGGCCUCCCUAGGAGAUAUUGAUGAUGAUGGAUACUCAGAUGUUGCCAUUGGGGCCCCAAAGGAGGAUGACUACAUAGGAGCGGUGUAUAUCUACCAUGGCGACGCUGGUGGCAUUGUUCUGCAGUACUCUAUGAAACUUUCUGGACAAACUAUAAACCCAAUGCUGCGGAUGUUUGGCCAAUCCAUAUCAGGAGGCGUUGAUAUGGAUGGAAAUGGUUAUCCAGAUAUGACCAUUGGGGCCUUCAUGUCUGACAAUGUGAUACUUCUAAGGUCUAGACCUGUCAUUACAAUGGAUAUCUCCAUUUUCCUGCCUGUUUCCAUCAAUAUCACAGCUCCCCAGUGCCACGAUGGCUUGCAGCAGGUGAACUGCCUCAAUGUCACAGUUUGCUUUCGUUUCAAUGGCAAACAUGUUCCAGGAGAAAUAGGUUUGAAUUAUAUCUUGACUGCAGAUGUGGCAAAGAAAGAAAAAGGCCAACAGCCCAGGGUUUACUUUGUGUCUUCUGGGGAAACAAUGGGACAGGUUGUGGAGCAGUUACAGCUGUCAUACAUGAAGGAAAAGUGUGAGCCCUACCUAGCCUACGUGAAGAGACGAGUGAAAGAUGUGAUAUCCCCUAUUGUGUUUGAAGCGGCAUAUAGUCUUGGGGACCACGUGUUGGGAAAGGAGAAGGAGCUACCUGCCCUCAAACCCAUUCUCCGUUGGAAGAAGGGAGAGAAGAUAGCGCAGAGAAAUCAGACUGUUUUUGAGAGGAAUUGUCAGUCAGAGGAUUGUGCUGCAGAUUUGAAACUUCAGGGUAAAUUAUUGCUGUCUAGUGUUGAUGAGAAAACCCCCUAUCUGGCGUUGGGAGCAGUAAAGAACAUUUCACUUAAUAUUUCCAUUUCUAAUAUUGGGGAUGAUGCUUAUGAUACCAAUGUGUUCUUCAACUUUUCCAGAGAGCUCUUUUUUAUCAAAAUGUGGCAAAAGGAAGAGCUGGGCAUAGCCUGUGAGCUGUUGGAGUCAGACUUCCUCAAGUGCAGCGUGGGAUUUCCUUUCAUGAGAUCCAAGUCCAGGUAUGACUUCAGUGUGAUCUUUGAUACAAGCCACUUGUCUGGGGAAGAGGAGUUUCUUUCAUUCCUAGUAACUGCCCAAAGUGGAAACCUAGAACACUCUGAAUCGCUACAUGACAACACUUUGACCCUGGCAGUGCCUCUGGUGCAUGAAGUGGACUCAUCUAUCACUGGAACUGUCUCCCCAACUUCCUUUGUUUAUGGCGAGUCUGUGGAAGCAUCCAACUUUGUUCAGCUGGAGAAUUAUGAAUGUCUUUUUCAGCCUCUCAACUUCACUCUUCAGGUUUACAACAGUGGACCAAGCACUCUCCCUGAAUCUUUUGUUGAGAUUUUGUUUCCUAACCGCCUCUCUGCUAGUGGGCCUGAAACUUUUCAUAUUCAGCAAAUGAUGGUCUCUCAGGAGAAAGGAAGCUGCUCUUUUCAGAAAAACCCUAAUCUGUGUGUCAUCCCUCAAGAAAAUGACAAUAUUUUUCAUACGAUAUUUGCUUUUUUUACCAAAUCUGGCAGAAAAGUACUGGACUGUGAAAGACCAGGCAGAUCCUGUUUAAUUAUACGCUGUAAUUUAAGCUCACUAGCAAAAGCAGAAUCCCGCAAUAUAGAUAUUUACAUGCUGCUGAAUACUGAGAUAUUAAAGAAGGACAGUUCAUCAGUCAUUCAGUUUGUGACAAGGGCGAAGGUGAGGGUGGACAAAACACUCAGGAUUGUGGAAGUGUCUAAUGGGAAUCCUGAAAAUGCAACAGUGGUCUUUGAGGCCUUGCACAAUCUGGAGCCUCGUGGUUAUGUUGUGGGAUGGAUCAUUGCAAUUAGUUUGCUGGUGGGAAUUCUCAUCUUCCUGUUGUUGGCUGUGCUCUUAUGGAAGAUGGGCUUCUUCCGCAGGAGAUACAAAGAAAUCAUUGAGGCUGAGAAAAACAGGAAGGAAAAUGAAGAUAGUUGGGACUGGGUCCAGAAAAAUCAAUGAACUGCCAGAAAAAAGGUCAUGUGACAUACACUUGCUAGCCUAUUGGUCCUGCUCUUGUAUCUUCCAUAUGUGGAAGAAGGAAUCUUCUCCAGAUUUUUCGGAGGCCCUGUUGAUGCUGUGUUCUUUAUCAUCCUAACAAGCUAGGGAACAUAUCCUGAGGCAACCACUGCAGCCAUGUCAGGUGACUGGAGCAAUUUACAUUUCCUGUACGAGUUGAACUUUGAACUUUGGUAACCAAGCUGCAGUGCAGAGCAAUAUUUAUGAAUCCAACAUAUGUGGUAUACCCUCAGGGGAAGACUGAUACCUAAAAGUAUUUUUAUAAAUAUAAGCUUUUUAUACUGAUUAUGUCUUUAUAUUUGUAUCAAUGUUUUAUUGUUUCUAUUGAAUAGCUAUAUAGUUCACUCAAGCACUGAUAUCUGGCUAAGACCUUGGAAAUACAUAUAUGUAUAUAUAAAUCUUAUUGUACUUUUGAACUUCAAUGAAAAAAAAGACUUUCAGAUGAAACUAGCUGAAAAACCUCACAUAGCAAAUCCACAAGGCUUGGUAAUGUAUGUAGACCAAUAAAUGGCAAUAAGCCAAAGUCUUUUCACAUUUUUAA